CGCUCGUCCCACUCGACAGUAUUCUAGUGCGCUCAACCGAAGACCAAAGGCGGUGAUAGUGUUGCUAUCCUUGCUAUCGCUAAUUAUCUGUCAUCGCGAUGUGCCAGUUGCGAGGCGGUGCGAGACAUGUGCGUUGAGGUUGGUGGGCGUAUGUCACGUCGCGAAAGCCAGUGAAAGUUUCCACACGAUUGGUGCAAGCGCAUAUGAGGAUAUGAACGGCAGCGCCUUGGGUUGAGGAAAAUGGUCAGUCCAAUAGAAUUCUGCGCAAUCGCGCGGGAAACUACAGUGCUUGUGAGUCAUCAAGAGACGUCUGCCGACUUCGAGUAUCUGCUCACGGACGUGUUGAAAGAGAUCCCCCCACAUGCAGACUUCAAGACUACUCGGUCCCGUGGUGGGUAUGUGUUCCACCUAUUGGUGGAACAGGGGCUUAUCUACAUCUGUGCCACACUGCCAGAGGCCAGCAUGCAUCAGUCAUUCACCUGUCUCUUCUUGAUAAAGCAGCGUUUCUUGGAGGGAAGCUUGUCAUCGCGGGCAUGGACUGCACAGGAACAUGAGCUUGACAGAGACUUUGGCAGUGUCAUUGCUGAUAUCAUAAACAACUGCAACAGUGGACGAACGGGUGACCAGAUCUCACAGUUGCAUCGCCAGGUGGAUGAUGUGCGUGGAAUUAUGGCACAGAACAUUGAGCGAGUAGUUGAGCGAGGUGACAGGCUUGACAGCCUUCUUGAAAAGACCCAGGACUUGGAGCAAGCGGGGACAGUAUUCCGAGCCACUGCUAAGAAAGUGAAUCGCCACAUGUGCCUUCGUAAUGCACGCAUGAUGAUUGUCAUUGGAAUUAUAGUAGCUGGUGUGAUCACCGUAAUAACAUUGUUUGCAACAGGAGUUAUCAAGACAUAGCUGUUCUUGCUUCUAUGUUCAAAACUCCAUUGUAUGCAUGCAAACCUAAUGCUUGUUUCACUACGAAAUCAAUUCAUGUCUCAGACUUGUGAAUGAACAUAGGAAUUUUAACUGGGCACCGACACACAACAAAUUUGUUUUUGAGUCCCAAUUUGUUUGUGAUGCCAGGUACACCAUACUUUGCAGUGCAGUGACUGCAAUGCCAGAUGUGACAUCCAGCGAUUUUUUUAGUUUGCACAGAAGCAAGCAUUAUGAGUGCCCUGUUCAUGUCAUUUGCUGCUAGGUGAUGUUUCUCCUGAGCAUUCCAUGGGAGAUUUUUCUACCACAUAGGAUGUAUAAUUCCAAGUGACACAUCAACUUAUUUUUUGCAAUGUCAGCUGUGCCUUUGACAAGUUGUUAUGCUAAAUGUAUUAGGAGAAAAAGUAUAGACACAGUUCUUUGUCCGUGCCUGGGUGGUGCAGUCAAGUAUAUUGUUGCACUCGAGAGGCCAUAAUUCCGCAAGGCAGAAACAAAACAAAAAGAAGCUUACAGUUAAUGUCAUACCAAUGGAAAUCUCAUUGCUGAUUUUGCUGCAGCGUUCUUGUGGUCGAAGGAGGAGUGACAGUAAGUUUUGAGUUGAGAUACUGGCGUCAUUUGUCUUUUGUAUUCUAUCUGUGCCUGAUAUCUUUUGUUUCCUACACGCUCUGUUUUGACGGAACAGUAUGGAAGGACACUGGGCUUUGAAGUUUGAAGUUUAUUUUUGCUUCCAUUACAGGAAUAUCCAGUGUUCAUUGGUAAUUUGUGAUAUUAGGUGAUCACCAGCUGUCUACCAGGCAUCUUGCGACAUGCUCUUUGUGUACUGCUCAAAAUGAAAACAUAGAGUGCUGUAGUAAAACGCUACAUAAUUUUUUAUUUCUUAUGUGCUGGAGAAAGGUUCGAUACGUACCAUGAUUUUUGGUUGAACAACUACUGUUUGCAGAAGAAAAACAAAAACCUAUAUAAACUUUUACAUCAGUACUUAAGUUUCUUUAGUGUUGCAUAGUUGGUAUAGUGUUUUAUUUUUGUAUGUAACUGUCACACCAUAAUCAUUGAUAUAUGCAAUAUUUAGUUUAUGGUUUGGUGUCUCUCACAUUCGGUGUUUGGCGAUACGGUAUCAUUUUAGGCUGAUUGCAAUAUAUUGCUAGUACCAAUAUAGGCAGAUAACAUUUAUUUUGUCUUCGUUUGGAGCAGAAAGUGCUAACAUUGUGCCUGCUAUCACCUGAUGCAUGACAUCGUUAAAAGAAUCACUGAAGCUUCUUUACAUAAAAAUAAUUUUAGAGCCGUUUACUCUUACGCCUGAAUUUUUUUUUUUUUUUUGUAGUCUCGUCAACCCACAGUUACGGUUUAAACAAAAUUUUUGUAUAUUUGGUAUAACGUAACUAUGGAGAGUUUUCUGCAGUAAUUUAACAUGUUUUAUAGUUGAAGCCAUGGAAGAUGCCAAUAUUCAUGUGGUAACAAAUCUUUUUUGAUUUAGUGUGUGCUGCACGUGUCUCCUUCAGAGCAAUAAAUGCCAAUGUUAUUUUGAAUUUU